UUAGCCUUAGCUGUGAAUUUUCCGCGAGCGUGCCCACUUUGCCCCCACCACUUCUAAUAGUUCAUUAAAAUCCUUCCAACCCUCUUUCUUUGCUUUUUCCUCCUUAUUAAUGAUCCCAACCUUUGCUUCUUUCUUCUAUUAGUUUCAAGUUUUAACUAAAAAAUCUCAACAAAAUUUGAGCAUGCCACAUAUGGAGCUUAGGUCUACCUUCACCACCUGCUUCCUUCUCCUGAUUCUCAUCCUUGCCCUCCCUCGUUUCUCAAAAGGGGAAUCUGAAGAAUUGCACACAGAGAUAUAUGAGAUUGAUUAUAGAGGUCCCGAGACACACUCUUCAGGUGUUCCUCCUCCUCAUCAUCACUUCCAUAUUGGUAAGCAGCAUUCAACUCAUCAUUCUCAAAAAGGCUCAGUCAGAGGAACCAAAGCUUUGGGCUUAAGGGAUGGUACUUACGAUGAAAAUAAGGUCAAGAAAGUACAUGGAUGAUCAUAAGGAAGCUUUGCAAAUUAAAUGGAGUAUGACUUUGAUUAGUGCUCUCAUGCAUAAAUGUUUUGUUAGAGAGUGCAAUGAUUGUAAAGUUGAGACUUGAGAUAUUGUAUAUCAUUAUGGUUUGCUCAUGUGUAUAAUUGAUAAUAGACAAAGAAAAACAUUUGAAUAUAUAUUAAAUUUUGAAAAACUAGUUGGACCGAUUGAUUGAA